AUGUCAGUCGUGCUACAGCAUGAUGGGCUGGUUUUAAAAAGAACACCAAUUGGAGAAGUAGGGUUAGAGGUGGAAAUUGAUGAGAGCAAAUUCGGAAAAAGGAAGUAUAACAGAGGUCAUUUAGUAGUUGGUCAGUGGGUGUUUGGUGGUGUAGAAAGAGGAUCAAAUCGCUGCUUUUUAAUUCCAGUAGAGCGUAUAGAUAAGGAUACUUUACUCAAAAUAAUCGAGGAAUGGAUAUUACCGGGGACAACAAUCAUAUCAGACUGUUGGAAAGCUUAUGAUUGCUUGGAAAAGAAGGGGUAUAAACACUUUAAGGUCAACCAUUCCGUAAACUACAAGGAUCCCGAAAGUGGCCAACACACAAACACCAUUGAAGGCCUUUGGCGGCAAGCCAAAUUUUCAUUACCUCAAUUCCAUAGGAAAAAACAAUUCAUUAAUGGAUAUUUAGCCAAGUUUAUGUUCCAAAAAAUGUGUAAAGCACAAAAAUUGGAUCCUUUGGUUGAAUUUUUUUAA